CGACUAUCAUGUAAAGCAGGCAGCCUUUCUCUCUCGGCCCUGCCCAUGUCUGCGUCCUGCAUGAAAGACACGCCCUAGCGACACGUACUUAAGCUGGAGUUCUCGUGGUGAGGGCAUCAGUGAUUCCUGUGCUUUGAGAGUAUCAUGUCUCUCCUGAAGGUUGUUGCUUUCAUCGCCCUCGUGGCAGCUGCCUUUGCCCGCCCUGAUUCUGGUGGCCAUGGUGGACAUGCCGCCCCUGCCCACGCAGCUCCAGCUCACGCCCCGGCUGGUGGUUACGGCUACACUCCUCCUCCUCCCCCACCAGCGAAACCCGAAUACUCCUUCGACUGGGCCGUGAAGGACGACUAUGCCGCUCUUGACUUCGGCCAGCACGAGACCCGCGACGGCUACAACACCGAGGGCAGCUACUACGUGCUGCUGCCCGACAGCCGCGUGCAGAAGGUCACCUACACUGUCCACGGGGACGGCGGCUACGUGGCCACCGUGGAGUACGAGGGCGAGGCUAAGCACGACGCCUACGGCAAGCCUCCAGCUCCCACCUACACUCAGCCCCCCGCCUACGGACCCCCACCCACACCAGCCUAUGGUCAUGCUUAACCUCUGUCACGAAUUCCCAAAACAACGUCCCUUUGUUCUUUAAACUCAGUCACUGCUUUUCCUUAAAGAACUAUUUAUGUACAAACCAACGACUUUAUUUAUGUAAACGUAUUAAACGAGCAAGAAGCAAAUUUCA